ACAAACGAAUUUUGUUUAAAAAAAAACAACUAUAAAAAGGAUCAUGUUUAAGUCUAUUUGCAGAUCAAGGUUUCUGAGAGGAGCUGUUGCUGUUAAAGCGGUAUUUUUGGAACAAUGUUACCGGCAAGACUAAGUUUUCUAUGUUUUAUGAUAACUGUAGGGAUUGAGGUUCGGGCGGAAUUUAGGGAGGAAAGUUUUCAUGUAUUACAGGCUAAGACAGUAACAAAUGUUUAUUCCAAACUGUCAUCUCGCUCACAUGUUGACUGUGCAGACUCGUGUUUGACUGCUGAAAAUUGCUCCACGGCAACCUAUAACUCAAGCAGUGGACAGUGUCUCCUCAGUGGAACGGCAGAUAUUACUGAUAUUGCUGAUAGUAGUAUAAUUACAGUCGUGAAGAAUGGAUUGUUUCCCAUCGUGGAUGAUCACUUCGGAACGUCUUUCUUCACUGGUUUCAUGUGCAACUACGAAUGCAUCGGGACGCCACACCUGCUUAUGGUAUCAACUGUUCCUGAACCGACCAAUGUUUUAGUAACUAUACCAUUCCUUAAUAUAUACGAAGAACAACAUUUUCUUAACGAGUCCCUAUACCUUCAAUAUUCUGACACCCUGAUGCCGGAAUGGACCACUGUUGUUUCGUUUAAGGGUGUUGAAAUCGUAUCUGAUAACCCUAUUGCUCUUUAUUCUUUAAACUAUGACAGCUGGUCCGUUGAUGGCACAUUGGAAAUUCCAAAAGAGAAAUGGGGCAAAGUCUUUAUUGUGGGCACUCAUAAUUCGUCUUGGUGGGGCACAGGACAGAUUCUUGUUAUUGCUGCAGAUAAUAACACUGACGUCCUUUUAGAAUUCCCUACAGGUUCAUCACUGACAGUAGCACUGAACAAACAUGAAACUUACCAAUUUCAGGCAAAUGAAUUAGAACCAAUAGCAGGUACGAUUGUUUCUGCUAACAACCCAGUGGUCGUUCAUACUGGACACGACUGUGCCAAUAUUCCUAACCAUGAUGCUCUCUUCUGUGAUUUCAUUAUGGAAAAUAUGCCACCUUUAAACACACUUGGUUCUGUGUUUGUAGUACCUUACCAGAGAACAAGACCUAUGUACACAAUUAACAUCGCUUCACCAUACAAUGGUACCACUGUGGACAUAUGGGACAUUAAUGGAAAUCCAGUGGAAACUAUUUCAAUGGACAGCCAGGAUUCGAUAUUUCGGAGCUUCUUUGCAUCUGAGAUAUUCUCAAUUACAUCGUCAGAAAACAUUUUAGUCACACAGUAUGGUCACGGUUCAAGUAACAUUUAUGGAGAUCCUUCUCUGACAGUUAUUCCAGCUCUCACACAGUUUAUAAACAGAUGUAGCUUUCAGGUCCCUGAUACUUUUACUGAUCCGAGUGUUGUUUCUAUCGUUAUUGAUUCUGCCUCCGAUGUAUCGGGACUUAAGUUAAACGGAUCUCCGAUUGUUGCAGCUGAAUCCACCAGCGUCAUUAUUCCAGGAAUAGGGUCAUUCAACGUCAUCUAUAUCGAUGUCAUUAGUAAUGUGAUGUAUUCACUCUAUCAUGACGUGAAGCAUGUCAGAUUUGGAGCGAUUUUGUACGCAAGAAAUUCUUUAUCAGAAUUUACAACCGUUCUUGGAUAUGACCUAUGAUAACAAGUUGUGAGAUAU